AUGAGUAUGCUUGGAAGGAGAAAUGACCCAACUUCUCAAAAAAUAAAAUAUAUUAAAGGUUCAUUCUUUGUUGUUAGACCUGAUUCUGAAAAAGAUUUAUUUUGGUUAGCUAUUGGUUUAGAAGAUACAGAAGUUUAUGUUAGAUGGUUAAAUCAAGUAAAAGGAACAGAGUUGGAAUUUGAAUUGGCACCAUCAAAGCAGUCAUGCAAGAUUCCAGUCGAUUCAGUAUUGGUUACCACAAAACUAUUGCCACGCGACAAGGACGAGAAACCAGUCGACGUGGAGAACAAUCUUCAACAGUUUUACAAGAUCACCAAAGGUGAAUUAACUCGUGCCAAAGCUGUCGCUGAAGAUGACAGAGAUAGUUCAUCCGAAGAAGAAGAGGAAGAGGAAGAAGAAGAAGAAGUAAAGGAAGUUAAAGAAGUUAAAAAGGUUGCAGAAACCAAGAAAAAGGAAAAACAACCAACUCCUCCAUCACCAAAGAAAAAGAAACCUGCUGCCAAAACAACUACUACAACUACAGCAACAACAACAAAUGGAAAUGGUACCUCUAAAAAGUCAAAGAAAGUUGUAGAAUCUGAUUCCUCAUCUUCAUCUGAUGAUGAUGAUGAUGAUGAAGAUGAUAAAAAGAAGAAAUCCUCUACUUCAAAGAAACCAGCAGCAGCAGUUGUCAAAAAAGAGUCUGAUUCAGAUUCAGACUCUGAUUCUGAUUCUGAUUCAUCAUCUGAAGAAGAAGAAGAAGAACCAUCAUCAUCAAAGAAAUCAACUUCUUCAAAGAAAUCGGCAACACCAGUCAAAAAGGCAGCUGAAGAAUCUGGAUCGGAUUCUGGAUCAGAUUCAGAUUCAGAUUCAUCAUCAUCUGAAGAAGAAGAAUCAUCAUCAAAGAAAUCAAAGAAACCAACAGAACCAAAGAAAAAGGCAGCAGCCAAACAAGUGACCAAAUCAAUUGUUAAAGCUACAACUACCAAAAGAAAGAAAUCAUCUGAAGAGUCUGAAGAAUCAGAUUCAGAUCCAGACACCAAGAAAAAGGCAGUUAAAAAGGUAAAGGAUGCAACUGGAAAGGCCAAGAGUACAAAGGCACCAACCAAGGCAGAAAUCAAGGCACGUACCAAAAAGGGUAAUCCCAAUCCAGACAUUCCCGUCUUGGAGAGUGACCCAACGUUCGAGUCGACAUCGACCACCUUUGAAUUUUGUUGUUAUAUGUGUACGGCACGUGAAGCUAUUCGUGCCGUGUUGACCAACAACAUCACCCUUUUACGUGCACUCGUGGCACGUAUCGACUGUGGAACACUUUUGGUGCAGCGGUCGCCCGAUGUCCCCAAGACGGCACUCGACUAUGCCAUUGCCAACAACAAUGUGCAGGCGAUCCAGGUCAUCUUGACCGAUCUCAAAAACGACGCCAAAAAGGAGCGUCCCCCUCUCCCCAACUAUCCCGAGGAGGGUACUGGCAGCCACUCGCGUUACACCUAUGGUCACCACGUGGCCGCCUACAAUGUCAGCAGAGGUGGACGUGAGGGCAAGGAGGCGUUCCUCAAGGACCGUGAGAGUUACGAGCAAGCGUCGAUCGACUCGGUCGACGACACUCAUCUUGCCAUCGUCUGUUUGACCAGUCCAGGUGUCGCACUCGCCACCCUGCAAGAGUUGUACAAGUACUUCCCACAGUUGGAAGACCAUAUCAACGAGCGUCUGCAUUUGGCCGUCCGUGCCAACAACAUUGUACUCGCCGAACAGAUCAUCACAAAAUUGGUCGAUCGUUCAGGUUUCAACUUUAACUUUUUGCACGCCGAGACUUUGCGCACUGGCAACAACACACUCACCACCUUCCGUGGCCCAUCCGUCACCAAGAAACCAUUGCAAAACGCCAACAUGUCGCCCAUCCACUGCGCCGCUGCCAACACAGAGAACCCCAAGCACCUCAAGACACUGCUCGAGUCGGUCGCCGAGCCAAACCGUCCCGACCAACAACAGUACAAGCCAAUCCAUUACGCAGCUGCCGGUACCUCACCCAGUAACCUUCUCUUCCUCAUUGGCAAGGGAGUCGACCCCAAUGAAGCCAACCUUCACCAACUCACCCCCAUCCUCAUUGCUUCACAGUAUGGUCGUAUCCAAAACAUCAAGGCAAUCCUCAAGGCUGCCAAAGACACUAAUUUGGCAUUAUUCAAAAACAAAAAGAGUCAAACCGCAUUGAUGUUUGCCGCAGAGAACAAUCAACUCGGUGCACUCCGUGUGUUGCAUGAGGCAGCCGACGGCGACACAAACAUUGUCAAUGUCCAAGAAAAGACAACCCGUCUCUCUGCCUUGAUGAAGGCAACGAUUGCCGGUCACCUUGACGCUGUCAAGAUUCUCGUCGAAGAGUGUGGAGCAGAUAUUGAGAAAAAGGACAAGUACAAACGUACUGCUUUGAUGUUGGCCGUCAAGAAUGGUCACCUUCUCAUCGCAUCCUACCUCUUGCAUGUAAACUCGAUCGCCAAGAUUCAAGAUUCAUCCAAGAAUGGACUACUCCAUUACGCAGCUGCCUAUGGAUGGUACGAGAUUACAAAGUACAUUACCGAGACUUUUAAACUUGAUCUCAAUGAAACCAACGAUUGGAAGAUGACACCAUUGUCUGUGUCUAUUCUCAAAUGUCAUUUUAGAAUCACACAGUAUCUCAAUGACCACGGUGCCAACCCCAACGUAUGUGACGAGUAUGGUCGUUCGACUCUACUCCAGUCGAUGGCCGAGUCAUCGGUCGUCACUGAAAACACGAUUGGCAACAUCAAGUAUUUGGUUGAGCGUGGAUCGUCUGUCACUCACACUGACAAGGACAAAGAAGGUCCAUUACACUAUUUGGCAAAGACAACCACCCGCUACAAACUCAAACCAGAGACACGUUACCAUUAUGGAUGGAGACAGAGCCAAGCCAAGCAAAAGGGAUCCAAACAAGUAUUCACCACUCCCGAUGAAGUGUUGGCUAGUAUCACUGCCCAUGUUGCUCUCUAUUCACGUGCUGGUGACUUGUUGGUCAAUGCCAAUGCCGACAUUAACGCAGCCAAUGCCAAAGGAGAGACACCAUUAAUGGUAGCAUUUAGAGAAAACAAUCUCCCCAUGAUGAUCUAUCUCCUCAACAAGGGUGCAUCGGUUGUUGGUACCUACACACCAAGCAAGAACAACAUUCUUCACAACUUGACCAGUGUAUUCAAAUACUAUCCAUUCAAAUUCCUUGAUAUUGUCAAUCUACUCGUCAAGCAGCCACGUAUCACCGAAUUGGUCAACCAAACCAACCUCGUUGGCAAGACCCCACUCAUGGAACUCUUGGAAAACUAUCCAAACACCGCACCAGAAGAGUUUGCCGAAUGGAAAUCAAAUACCACUCAAAAGGAAACAAACAAAAUCACCUUUAUUCAUGCUCUUCGUAGUCUUUUUGAAUCUACUAAACCAGAUUUCAAUAUCAUUGAAAAUAUCCAAGAAAAGAAUGAACAAGCAAAAGAUAAAAAGGAUAAUGAUGUUAGUAUGGAUAAUGAUGAUAGUAUGGAUAAUGAUUCAGAUGAUGAUGAUGAUGAUAGUAUGGAUGAUUCAGAUGACGAUGAUGAUUCAGAUUCAGAAUCAAAGAAAAAAUCUUCAUCUUCUCCUGCUUUAUGUGAAAAUAGAUCAAUAUUACAUUUUGCCAUUUUAACAAAGGAAGUUAAUAUUAUUCAAUUGAUUUUGGAUGUUUGUAAACCAACCAAUCUCGAUCCAAGUAACAAGAGUGGAGAUUCACCAUUACAUCUUGCCGUUUCAACUGGUGAAUACCCAAUUGCUAUUGCAUUGGUUGAUGCAGGUGCAUCGAUUAAAAUGGUCAACAAGAAAAAGAGAUCAGCUCUUCAUUUGGCAUGUUGUUCGGGCAAGUCACUCCACUUGCCACUCAUCAAGGCACUGAUUGCCAAGGGAUCAGAAGUGAAUGCUCGUGACGACAGUGGAAACACUCCACUCAUCUAUGUUGCCUCCAACAAGCAUCUCAUCAAUGAUGAAGCAUUGGAAGGUGAGGAAAAUCCAAUCUCCUUGCUCCUCAAAAACAAGGCCGACCCAAAGAUUGUAAACAACAAGAAACGUACUCCACUUCACUAUUCAAUCAAUUAUUCAAAUACCGAUUCCAACUCUUCGUUUGAAUUGGAAGAUUUGUUAAUUCAAUAUGGUGCACCAAUCAAUGCUGUCGAUAUUCUUGGUCGUACUGCCUUGCACUAUUGUUUCAUCAAGAUGGGUAUCAACAAGAUUCAAGAUAGUACUGUGUUUGAUCCAAUCCAGACAGUCUCUGCUUUGUGCUCACUCAAGGGCAUUGAGAUUGACACACCCGACAAGUUUGGACGUACCCCACUCUUUUAUGCAGCUCAACAUGGUUCAACUGUCAGUGCAUUACAUCUUAUUCAACGUGGUGCCCAAAUCAACCGUUUCGACGAAGACAACAACACUCCACUCUCUAUUGCCCUCCUUUGUCGUCACCCUGAUUGUGCCAUCACCCUCAUCCAGAAAAAGGCUACUGUCACUGGUACAUUGACUACUUUUGACCUAAAGAUUGAACGUAUUCAACUUGAUCAAAAUGGUGUCGAGAAAAAGGUUGAAGAAACUGCUGUACCUGUCCCUCAACCAGCUUCACACAGAACCAAAGCAGUCCCAAGAAAUAUGGGUGGAGCAUUUAGUAAUCCUCAUGCUCGUCAACAACAUCAACAACAACAACAGCAACAACAACAAAAGUUGGAUUCUUCAGAUUCAAACAAUUAUAUUGUAAAGAUUACAAAGACCAAUAUUCAAACGGUUGGUAUGUUUUACAAGGUUGUUAAAAACAAUGAUCAAGGAGUUGCUUAUAUCAUGUUGGAUAGUGGUUUGGAAUCAUUCCAUGCAUUGCAUGAUAGUUUCAAGGCUGACAAGUAUCGUUUAGCUUUGACUUUGUUGGGUAGCAAGGUAAGAGAGUUGCGUGAAGUUUCACCAACCGGCGACAAGCAAAGAAAUCUAUUCCACUUUAUCGGUAUCUACCCAAGUUCCAUUACCAACUGGUCGGAACGCGUCCAGAGCAAGCUUAUGGCUCUUGGAUUAUCGCCCAAUGUAAAGGACGCUCUCGGUCGUACCCCAUUGCACUAUGCCGGUCUCAACCGCAACGUUCAAUACACUACCUUUUUGCUUGGUCAAAAGCUCGACAUUAACCAAGCCGACAAGAAGGGUUACACCCCACUCUCGCUCUGUUUGAUCACUAUGAAGGACUUUACCGAGCAAGAUGAUGCACCAGAUGCCGAACUCUCGACUCUGCUCUCUCACAAACCAUCACUCGAACUCAAGUUCCCAUUUGACAUUAAAUCACGUACCGACGAUGACAGCUCUGCCGACAUCAAGGUGACUCCACUCAUCUAUGCCGUCCUCACCAAACAACUUAAACUAGUCGACUUGUUAUUAAAUAGUGGUGCCAAUGCCAACACCGCCGACUCUAUUGGUUUGACUCCAAUGAUGCAUGCAGUACGUGUCAAUUCAAUCCCAAUCGUCGAACGUCUACUCAAGAACAAACCCGAUCUCGCUGCUCGUGACGCUGACAAGAAGUCAAUUGUCCACCAUAUUGUCAAUCCAACAGACUUUGGGUCGUAUGAGAAUGUCAAGUUGUUGGAGUUACUCGCUGGUAAGGGUGCACCAAUUGAUCUUGAAGAUAUUGGUAAACAUACCCCUGCAUACUAUGCAUCGAUCCAAGACAGUGGUAAGAUGUUGCGUUCACUCGUUGCACUUGGUGCCAAGCCAGUUGCUCCCCAUCUCGCACCAACCCGUCUCACAUCGGUCAUUACCAACUGGAAUGUCAUCAACUUCCAAGAGGAUGUUGAUCGUAUCGUCGCCGAACAAAAGAAGUUGGCCGAGACCAACCCACCCAAACCCCUCAAGCCAGUUGUCGACCCAUCGUCUGGUUUGGCCGACACAUGCAGUGUCUUUGUCGACAAUGGUCUCAUCUAUGACGUCCUCCUCACCAAGGUUGAUGCCAAGGCCGGUCGUUAUGGUCGUAACGCCUUUUACAAGUUACAACUGCUCCACAACCCUUCACUCGACACUUAUAUCGUUGUCAAUAGAUUCGGUCGUAUUGGUGAAGUCGGUAACUACCAAAAGACAUCGUUCCCAUCAAAGGAUGAAGGUGUACUUGAAUUUGGCAAGAUUUUCAAGACCAAGAGUGGCAACAACUUUGCCGCAUUCGACUCUUCUAAUCCAUUUGUCAAACAAGCCAAGAAAUACCAUUUGUUGCAGUUUGACAGAUUUGACCGCUCGAAAAAGGAAAUUCUCCAACCCUUCAAACUCGAAGAUUAUCCCGCCAGCAAGUUACCCGCACCCGUCCAAAAGGUGAUGGCACAAUUUUGCGAUGUCAAGGCCAUCGAGACACAAGUCAAGAGCUUGCGUAUCAACACUGAUAUCAUGCCACUCGGUCGUUUGUCACGUGAUGUCAUUAAUCAGGCAAUUGCCAUCCUCGCACGUCUCCGUGAAUUACUCGAUCAAGAAAAGAAAAAGGAUGAGGCUGAAGGUCGUUCUCACGCCGACGACGACGACGACGAAGAAAAGGAAGAAAAGGAGGAAAAGGAAAAAGAAGAUGUAUCAGGUAUCGACCUCCAAGCCAACGGUGAAGAACAAGUUACUCUGUCCAACCAAUUCUACGAACUUAUUCCACACACUGAUUUCUGUCAAGAACGUAUGAAGGUACUCAAUGAAAGCAAUGUCGUUGCUCAAAAGAUGAAGUUGCUCGAGGAUCUCGACGAGCUCGAGGUUGUCAGCAAGAUCUUGCUCGCUGCCAGUCACAACAAGACACUUCAUCCAUACGACUAUUGUUUCUCUGCACUUGGUAUCUCACUCGAGACACUCCAACACAACUCUUCCGAAUUUGACGCACUCCGUCAAUACUGUGUCAACACUGGUGCACAAUCCAACAAGAUUGUCAAUAUCUUUAGAUUGCAACGCAAGGAUGAAGCUGAACGUUUCAAUGUCAAAUCACGUAACCUUGAAAACCACUAUCUCUUGUGGCACGGAUCCAAGACCACCAACUACCUCUCUAUCCUCCACCAAGGUCUCAAAAUUGCUCCAGCCGAAGCUCAUCACACUGGCUAUAUGUUUGGCAAGGGUAUCUACUUUGCCGAUCUCUUUAAAAAGUCGAUCAACUAUUGCAGCUCUUCAUCUCACACCAAUGACAUGUUCCUCCUCUUGUCCGAAGUGGCUCUUGGUAAAUUCAAAGAAUUCAAGUCUUCUGAAUACAUGGAAUCGGCUCCAGUUGGCUAUAACAGUACAAAGGGAGUAGGACGUGAAGGAAGUGAUUUUGAUAACAGCAUUGUCCUCACCAACGGUGUCACCAUCCCACUCGGUCAACCAGUCAUCGCACAAGAUCAAACAGACUUGACCCUCAAUAUGAAUGAAUAUAUUGUUUAUGAUGUCUCUCAAGUUAGAAUGAGAUAUUUAGUUCAAGUUUCAAACUAA